AUGUCGGACAUGAUGUUAAACCUGGACUGUUCUGGCAGCAGUGGACCCUGUAAGGACUCAUCGGGAAGCAACAAACACAAGGCAUUUAUCGACAGGCGGCGACUCUUGGAGAAAAAGAGUUACCUCAACAAGAAGCAGAACCAGCACUAUCAAAGACAAGGGAAUAAACAUCAGGGCCCGCUUCCCAGGGCCAAUCGGCCGUCUCAACCCAAUGCUGCACACAACAAAAGCUCUGCUCACACUCAGAAUACUCACAGUAAAAGUUCAUAUCACAUAGCCAGUUCAGAGCAUGCCAGAGGUGUUGCUUCCAAGCCUGCAUCAUCCACAAGCAGCUCAACAUCCUUGACCAUUACUGUGAAGAAUUCCACCAAUCCUGAGCAAUCCACUUCGACUAUCACCCCGGGGCACCAACCCCCACCCACCAGGGCUGUUGCCCACUGCGCCCCUGUCCCAAGAGGGUCAGCCCUCUUUUGUAACCCCCUGAAGUACCUUGCCAUGGACUGUGAGAUGGUUGGCACGGGCCCCAAGGGUCGCAACAGUGAGCUGGCACGAUGCAGUAUUGUCUCCUAUGAUGGAGACGUGGUGUAUGACAGGUACAUCAAGCCCACCAACGCAGUCACUGACUACCGGACUCGUUGGAGUGGCAUCUCCUGGCAUCAACUGGUCAAAGCCAUGCCAUUUCAACAUGCCAGGAAGGAGAUUCUGAAGAUCCUUGCAGGAAAGGUGGUGAUAGGGCAUGCUGUCCACAAUGACUUCAAAUCCCUAAGUUACAAUCACCCUGCUGUCUUAACGCGGGACACCUCCCGCAUUCCUCUCCUCAACCAGAAGGCUGGCUUUCCAGAGAAAGAUGUUGCCUCACUGAAAAGACUCACCAAGGCCCUGUUCAACCGCAACAUCCAGACUGGGAAGAAGGGGCACUCGUCUGUGGAGGACGCCAAAGCCACCAUGGAACUGUACAAAGUUGUGGAGGUGGAGUGGGAGAGGACCUUAGCCUCCAAAUAAAAAAAAGCCAGUUAAAGCCUGUAUGGACUAAACUGGUGAACGGGUUGAGAGAUGGUAUGGACGUAUCAUUUUUAACAUUUAGAAAUCACUAUCAGGUCUUCCACUUCUCACCUCAGCCACUUUUGUCUAUUUUUCUACUUCUGUAAAAAAAAAAAAUGCCUUCAGGGUUGCAGUUUAUUUUGUGGUGGAUAACCUAUGCCACAAGAUGGCAGUCCUCUGCCACAGGUGCAGUCUAUUUUCUCGGUUUAAUUAAUGAAUUUCUAAUACAGUACUGUGAUAUAUUUUUUUUGCUUUGAAUUGUCUAGAGUUAUUUGUUCAGACACUUCUAAUUUUAUAUAUUCAAUUGUUAACAUACAGUAUCUCAGUACAUGUUCAUUUUGACGGGUGAAAGUAAAAUCGAUUUUAAUGCAACUGCAGUAUAAUGAUGAAAUUGGUUUUAAACAAGCAUUGUAAUGGCAAACAUGGGGGGGAAAUAAAUAAAUGACCAUUGCAAACUU